AUGCUAUUGAUGAAAGAGGAAACCUUCGUGGUAUUGCCUCAAGAACUAUGGCUUCCAGGAUGGGCUGGAAAGUACAAACAGCCAACGGUGCGCCUGAGAAAGGCGCUUUACGGACAUCCACUUGCAUCAGCGUGCUGGGACCUUCACCUCCGCCAGGUUCUCCAAGGUGAUUUGGGACUGUUGCCAAUGGAGGGGCAUCCCAGUGUGUAUUAUUGCCCUAAAACGUUUCUUUUAGUGGUGAUAUACGUCGAUGAUGUCUUGGUGUCAGGUCCAAAGGCGCAUCAAUCGGCUUUCUGGAAAGAAUUGCAACGUUUAGUGGAAACCGACGAGGUAGAGGACCUCAAUCAGUUUAUUGGGAGAAACCACGAACUUUCGGAAGGGCAGUGUGUUUUCAACAUGGUUGAUUAUUGCCAACAAGCCAUUGACUUGUACCUUGAAGCCGCCGGAAAUGUUUCCUUAAGACGUGUCUCCACCCCAUAUGUCAAUGAGGGUGUGCUCACAAUGGAAGACUAUCAGGUUCAAGGUCAGAUUUCCCACAAAGCGUCUAGCGUUUUGAUGAAACUCUUAUGGGUUUGUCGACUGGCACGGCCAGAUUUGGCAUAUCCCAUAGGAAUCUUGUGCUUGGCGCUGGCUUUGGCUCUUCACUGCAUGAUUGCCUUUUUCUCGCUGCUGCCUCCAACGAUGGCUGCUGAUGAGUGGGCAUUUGUUUGA